AUGGAAGAAUUGGCGGCUUCCAAAGGAUCGUUCAUCCGGAACUUGGUGCCAACAUUACCUUCGAUUCAGUCAUCAUCAACGUCGUUGCCAUCAUCGUUAUCCAUAUUUACGAAUUAUCCUCUCAUUUCUGCUUUCUUUGCAUUCGCUCUCGCCCAAUCAAUCAAGGUCUUCACCACCUGGUAUAAGGAAAGUCGAUGGGAUCUCAAGCAACUUAUUGGAUCUGGUGGGAUGCCAUCAUCCCAUUCUGCAACUGUCACUGCGCUUGCGUUGGCCAUUGGGUUGCAAGAGGGAUUUGGAGGAUCACUGUUCGCAACAGCACUUAUCUUAGCAUGUGUUGUGAUGUAUGAUGCAACUGGUGUAAGGUUACAAGCUGGACGGCAGGCGGAGGUUUUGAACCAGAUUGUAUAUGAACUUCCUGCUGAACAUCCUCUGGCUGAGAUCAGACCACUGCGUGAACUUCUUGGCCACACCCCUCCCCAGGUUGUUGCAGGUGGGUUGCUAGGACUUACCACAGCAAUAAUUGUCCAUUUAAUCACUGGCAUUGUCGGAAUGCGACUCGCGGAUCUGGCUUUCAAUGGUGAAUAUGAAGAUGAUGGUGUCUGUAAGCAUAUGCCUGUAUUGAGUAAACCAUCUAUUGAUUUGAACUGUGUUACAUGUAAGGUGCAUUCAUUGGUUCCAGUGCUUGAUGCAGCAGAAACGGUUUUGAACCAGAUUGUAUAUGAACUUCCUGCUGAACAUCCUCUGGCUGAGAUCAGACCACUGCGUGAACUUCUUGGCCACACCCCUCCCCAGGUUGUUGCAGGUGGGUUGCUAGGACUUACCACAGCAAUAAUUGUCCAUUUAAUCACUGGCAUUGUCGGAAUGCGACUCGCGGAUCUGGCUUUCAAUGGUGAAUAUGAAGAUGAUGGUGUCUGUAAGCAUAUGCCUGUAUUGAGUAAACCAUCUAUUGAUUUGAACUGUGUUACAUGUAAGGUGCAUUCAUUGGUUCCAGUGCUUGAUGCAACAGAAACGAUAUCCCGCCAUGUCAACGAAGUUCUUGGAAGCUCCCAAACAAGAGUGUCAUGUGGUCACAUCACAAACACUUUUGCAGGAAACAUUAAAUUCCUCUGCCACCUUAAAUUCAGUAUGACCUACUAG